ACCACUACUUCAACACCACUGAACCCACGGUAACUGCCGACCGAAAUACGUUCCUUUUUUCUUUCUUUCUUUUAUCACCGAACGGCCGCCUGUGAACGUAACGCUCACGUCAUAUAUUUAUACGGAGAGACACGUACAAUCGCAAGCAGGAAAAUGGCGUCAGGCACCCUGUACACGUAUUUGAACAACUUCCGAGCGUACAAAGUGCUCAUAGCAGCCCAGUACAGCGGAGCUGAUGUCAAAGUAGACCCGGCAUUCGAAUUCGGCGUCACCAACAAGCAGGAGGAUUUCCUCAAGAAGUUCCCCCUAGGAAAGGUACCAGCAUUUGAGUCCAACAAGAAGGAAUACUUAACUGAAAGCAAUGCCAUUGCCUAUUUUGUAUCCAGUGAGCAACUCAAAGGAUCUACUCCGUAUGAAAAAGCUCUAGUACAACAAUUCAUCAGUUAUGCUGAUAAUGAAAUUUUGCCAGCUUCUUAUGCUUGGGUUUACCCCUCUCUUAGUAUUGCCCAAUUUAAUAAAUUGACCGUUGAUCGAGCUAUUGAAGAUGUCAAAGGAAUUUUGGAGUACUUGAAUAAUUAUCUUUUGACAAAAACCUACUUGGUUGGCGAACGUAUUACAUUGGCUGAUAUAGCUGUAGCUUGUUCAUUAUUACAAUUGUAUCAGCAUGUUAUAAAUUCAGAAUUCAAACAGCCAUACACCAAUGUAAACAGAUGGUUUGAUACUAUUAUUAACCAACCUAAAGUAGUUAAAGUCAUUGGGAAAUUUGAGUACUGUAAAAAGACUGCUGAAUUCAACCAAAAGACUUACUUAGAUUUCCAAGGCGGAUCAGGAGAAAAGAAGUCUCAGGCUAAAAAAGAAAAAGCACCUAAAAAAGCAGCUGAACCUAAAAAAGCAGCACCCAAAGAAGUGGUCCAAGAAGAACCUGAUGCGGCUGACCUUAUUUUAGCUGCUGAGCCCAAAUCCAGCAAUCCUUUUGACGCUUUACCUAAAGGAGCAUUCAAUAUGGAUGAAUUCAAACGAGUUUAUAGUAAUGAAGAAGAAUCCAAGUCUAUUGCCUACUUCUGGGAUCACUUUGAUAAGGAAAAUUAUUCCAUUUGGUAUGGUGAAUAUAAAUACAAUAGUGAACUACAGAAAGUAUUCAUGAGUUGUAAUCUGAUUUCUGGAAUGUUCCAAAGAUUGGAUAAGAUGAGAAAGCAAGCUUUUGCAUCUGUAUGUCUCUUUGGUUCAGAAGGAGAUAGUACCAUUUCUGGUGUUUGGGUUUGGAGAGGACAUGAUCUUGCAUUUGAAUUGAGCAAUGAUUGGAAAGUUGAUUAUGAUGUCUAUACAUGGAAGAAACUUGAUGCCGACAGUGAAGAAACAAAGAAGUUGGUUAAUGAGUACUUUGCAUGGACAGCCAAAGAUAAGGAUGCUAGACCUUUCAAUCAAGGAAAAAUAUUCAAAUAAAUACUCGUGAAUUUAUACAUUAUCAUAUUUAAUAAUAUAAAAAACAAGAAUUGUUCA